AUGACCGUGUUGCAACCGGCAAUCGCGCUAGCUUCGUCCCCUUCCUCCUCCUCUGAAUUAACUCAAGACCACUUAAGAGCCGCAAAGCUGUGUCGGGACGUCUACUCGGAGAGCGUCGAAAGUAGCCCGGACACGUACGUCGAAAGUGCCGACACGGGCGCGCAGGCGACGGUCACGCUUGAAGGUACGAAAGCCACCGUGUGCUUCCGCGGGAGCGACAGUGCCGCCGACUGGAAGACAAACUUUUCUCUGGCAAAAGUACCCUUUCUGUCGCGGAAACACACCAAUCCCGAGGUAGAAGUCCAUUCGGGUUUCUUCAUGGCCCACAACUCCGUCAAGGCGAAAAUCUACGCAAAACUCAACAAGAUGCUGGAGUCCGGCGAAUGCACGAGCAUUUUGUUUGCAGGUCACUCUUCUGGCGUAAUGUCGGCGAUAUCGGCGUUCGACUUUCAGAACGACAAAAACGUUCCCGUGGAAGUGGUGACGUUCGGCGCCCCCAAGGUCGGCAAUGCAGCAUUCGCCUCCGACUUUGACAGAGCGAUUACGUGCACGCGCAUCGUCAACGACAACGAUGGGGUUGCUCUCGCGCCAAUGUUCGGCGGAUACCACCACGUCGGCAGCAACGUCAUCCACAUGGCAGACCCCGGUGGAGACGGUGGUGUGGCGCAGUUGUUUUCCAAACUGUGGAGUAUGGUCCGACUUGAUGCGGUGUCCGACCACAACAUCGACAAAUAUGUUACCAACAUCGAGAGAUGCUUGAAGAAAGUAAAUUAA